UAAAUUAAAAAAAUCGGGAAGGACUUGGAGAAACAUUUACUAAAAUACAAAUUUUGGAACAAUGGGAUUGACGGAAACGAAAAGACAAUGGACGGAUGGAUUUACUAAUUUUUGCCUGGCGCUGCUGAUUUUAACGAAAUUUGCAGGGAUUUCAGCUCAAGUCCGAUAUUCUAUCCAGGAGGAAUUAAAAUCCGGGUCCGCAGUUGGAAAUGUAGCCAAAGAUCUCGGGUUAGAUGGAGGAAAACUGGCGGAGAGGAACCUGCGCGUCGUAUCGGGAACAAAGCACGACCUGUUUACGGUGAAUCCGAGAGACGGCGUUUUGUUAAUAAACCAGAGAGUAGACAGAGAGGAGCUUUGCGCAAAAAGUGUUCCGUGUGUGACGAAUCUGAAAGCCGUCGCUGAAAAUCCCCUCGAAAUGCACCAGAUAAUCGUCGAGAUUCUUGAUAUAAAUGACAAUUCGCCCAAAUUUCCAGAGGAAAACUACACGCUGGAGGUCUUGGAAUCCGCCGUCGUCGGUGCUCGAUUUCAGGUGGAAGGAGCGCACGAUCCGGAUGUCGGGUUGAACUCCGUGCAUUCAUACAAGCUGAACCAUAAUCAGUAUUUCCAGCUGGACACGGAGGACUUUGGAGAGGAAGGAAAGGUUCCUUUUUUAGUUCUUAAACGUCCUUUGGAUAGGGAAGAAACUCCUCAACACUGGAUGCUGUUAACAGCGACAGAUGGAGGUAAACCCCCAAAAUCAGGCACCAUGAAUAUCACUAUUAUAGUAUCCGACAUAAAUGACAACCCUCCCGUGUGUGGUAAACCAAAAUACACCGUAACCAUAAAAGAAAACGCCCCAGUCGGGACGUUCCUGUUGACAAUAAAUGCGUCUGACGCGGACGAGGGCGCGAACGGCGCGGUUGAAUAUUCUUUAAGGAGCAAACACCGAGGGCCCUCGUCUGAGCUGUUCGAUCUGAACAGCAAAACCGGAAGGCUGACGGUGAGAGGACAACUGGAUUACGAGGAGAAGCAAAUGUACGAGCUGAAAGUGCUGGCAGCGGACAGGGGCGCCGUUUCUCUCUCCACACAAUGCAACGUGGUCGUGAGAGUGGAAGACGUGAACGACAACCAGCCAGAGAUAGACAUCACGUCCCUUUCCAGUCGCAUCAAAGAGGACGCAGCGCCCGGAACCGUGGUGGCGUUGAUGGGCGUGACGGACCUCGACUCAGGUGUAAACGGACAGGUGGUCUGCAGCCUAUCGGAGGAUUUACCUUUUGAUCUGAAGCCGUCACCGGACGGACAGUCAUACUCGUUGAUUACCAAGGACUACUUGGAUAAAGAAAUUACUCAGGUGUACAACAUUAAAUUAACAGCGAAGGAUUUAGGCAGCCCGUCUCUGUCUUCUACUAAGCUGAUACAGGUAGAUGUGCUGGAUGUAAACGACAACAGCCCGUUAUUUACCGAAAGUCCUUACACUUUUUACGUGCCUGAAAACAACAGGGCUGGGCUGUCUAUUUUUUCUGUAACAGCCACUGAUGCUGAUGGUGGUGACAAUGCGGCUGUGUCAUAUUUCCUUGACCGCAAGAGCACAGGUUCCCCUAUUACCUCCUUUUUAAAUAUAAACGAAGCCAAUGGCACAAUAUCAGCUCUGAAAAGUUUCGACUUUGAAACCCUGAAAACUUUCCGGUUCCAAGUUGUGGCCUCAGAUUCUGGGACUCCGUCCCUGAGCAGCAACGUGACAGUGAACGUGUUCAUCCUGGACCAGAACGACAACGCUCCAGUCAUCCUGUAUCCAGUCAGCUCCAACGGUUCUGCUGAAGGUGUGGAGGAGAUUCCCCGCAAUGUGAACGCAGGACACUUGGUGACCAAAGUCAGAGCCUAUGAUGCUGAUAUAGGAUAUAACGGCUGGUUGCUGUUUUCCCUGCAGGAAGUUACUGACCACAGCCUCUUUGGUUUGGACCGCUACACAGGACAGAUCAGAACCCUUCGCUCAUUCACAGAGACAGACGAGGCUGAGCAUAAACUGGUCAUCCUGGUCAAAGACAACGGCAACGUUUCCCUCUCAGCAACAGCUACUGUGAUUGUCAAGCUGGUGGAGCCCAAAGAGGCUUUUGCAGCUUCUGAUGUUAAAAGUGCAGCAAAGGAUGACGAGGAUACUAAUGUGACUUUUUACCUGAUGAUCACUCUGGGCUCAGUUUCAGUUCUGUUCAUCAUCAGCAUCAUCGUGCUGAUAGCAAUGCAGUGCUCCAAAUCCCCAGACUAUACUUCUAAAUAUCUCCAAGAGACUAAUUAUGAUGGGACCCUGUGUCACAGCAUCCAGUACAGAUCUGGAGACAAACGGUACAUGUUGGUUGGACCCAGGAUGAGCAUAGGAUCUACUAUAGUACCUGGAAGUCAUGCAAACACACUAGUGCUCCCUGACAGGAGGAGGACGUCUGAGGAGGUAAGGCGGUUUUUCCACUUUUAUUAAUAUAAUCAG